UGGACAGCAGCGUUUUCUGCCCCCCGAGGCAACAGAACAGUCCGUGUUUUCCAAACGGGACUCAACUUACUACUUUACCGGAGUCCGCUACACCCGGGCGGCCCAACCGCCCUCCCUCCUCCCGCUAUCCGUCGUCAGGAACAUUUUACACAAACUUUUUCUUUUUCUAGAGAAACCCUCGACUUUUGUAGAGACUUUUAUGUCCAGGACCGAGGAUGCAGCCCCCGCCGAGGAAGGUCCGGGUCUCCCAGGAACUGAAACACACUCAUACCGAGCAGACCAACCAAUUACAGAUCAAACACCAGGCACAGUGUGACCUGCUGGACGACCUGAGGACUUUCAGCCAAAAGAGAACAGCUGUGGAGAGAGACUACGCCCAGGCUCUCCAGAAGUUGGCAAAUCAGUACCUGAAAAGGGAAUGGCCCGAGAGUGUUACGGAGGACCAGGCAGAUCACAGGAACAUGUAUUGUGUUUGGAGGGCGUAUUUGGAGGGUACGGUUCAGGCCACCCAGUUCAGAAUUAAAGCCUGUGAUAACUACAAAGUCCAGGUAGCAGAUCCGGUCAAGACAGCCCGACUGCAGAAGGACCAGCAGCUCAGGAAGUGUAUUGAGGAGCUGACGGUGGUCCAGGCGGAGCUGCAGGAAUCGGUGAAGGAGCUGACCAAGAGCAGGAAGAAGUACCAGGAGGCAGAGACCUUGGCACAGGCUGUCCGAGAGAAAGCCGAGCUCGACGCCAAGUCCAAGCUAAGUCUCUUCCAGUCGAAGUCCAGUCUCCAGAGAGCCAGCGUGAAGCUGAAAGCCAAGAGGAACGAGUGCAACUCCAAAGCAACCCACGCCAGAAACGACUACCUUCUCACACUAACAGCCGCCAACGCUCACCAGCAGCGCUACUACAGCACAGACCUGAUGGAUUGCAUCAAAGUCUUAGAUGGCAAAAUCUAUGAGCAGGUAAAAGACUACCUGGUUUCACUUUGUCAGACUGAGCUGGAGAUCUACCAGGCCGUCCACAACACCUUCAACCAACUCCUGAACAGCUCAAAUGGGGUUCUACAAGAGUUCCACCAGCAGUUGUUUGUACAGAAGAACACCAUGUUUCAGCAGGCGCCGGACUUCUUGUACACGCCCAUCGACUCGGAUACGGUGUUGCAGCUGCACAGAGAGACUGGAAUAACGGAGGAGCACAGUCUAGAUAAGGAGGCGAGGAAGUGGGCGAGCCGCGUGGCCCGGGAGUAUAAAAGCAUCAUCCACACACAGAGGACCAUGGAGGAGUACGGGACGCAGGAGACGUCGGAGCAGAACGGCGAGCUGGAGAUUAAGAUGGAGGUGGCCCGGCAGAGUCUCCGCAGGGCAGAGACGGUAAAAGUAAAAGCUGAAGCCCGCUUGGACCUGCUGAGGCAGGCAGGAGUCGCAGUUGAAACGUGGCUGAAGAGCGCAAUGAACCAGGUGAUGGAGGAGCUGGAGAACGAGCGCUGGAACAACCUCAAUACCCAUGAUCCUUCACUUUCUGGAACAGCAGAUUUGGAGCGCGAGGAUGAGGAAGAGAUGGAGGACAGCGGUGAAGUGUUGGACGACAGCAGCUCCAGCCCCUCAAGCACCUUGAAAAACUACCCACUCACCUGCAAAGUUCUCUACUCCUACAAGGCUUCUCAGCCAGAUGAGCUGACCAUCGAGGAGCAGGAGAUCUUGGAGGUCAUUGAUGAUGGCGACAUGGAGGACUGGCUCAAGGCCAGAAACCGCAGCGGGCAGGUGGGCUACGUCCCAGAGAAGUACUUGCAGCUUCCUUCCUCCAACAGCCUGUUGAGCAUGCUGCAGUCUCUGGCCGCGCUGGACGCCCGAUCCCACUCCUCCAGCAACUCCACCGAACCCGAGAUGGAAGUCCCAACGGGCUCCGUGAACGGAGACUCCAGUGUGUCAUUUGCAAAGGCCUUGUACGACUACGCAGGACAAACGGACGAAGAGCUGUCGUUUCCAGAAGGUGCGAUCAUUCGUAUCCUCAGCAGAGAGACUCACGAGGACGACGGUUUCUGGGAGGGCGAGUUCAACGGCGUCGUCGGCGUCUUUCCGGCCGUUCUGGUGGAGGACCUCACCGGCCUCAACGAGAAUGGAGACGGACAAAGACAGGGAGGUUCACAGGCAUCUCCCUCCACUUUGGCCCAGUGCGAUCGCUCCCCCUGUAGUCCCUUCCAGCCAGGACCUCUCCACAGCAGCCCCUUGCAGACCCCCACCAUGUCCUCUCCUGCAUCCAGCCCCUGCAGCGCCACGGCGUCUCCCAUCGGCCGACCACCCGCCUAUCACAACGGACACCACAGGCCGCCACCGGCUCCCCACAAGAGCCCCUAUCACAGUCCAGCACAAGGGUCCCCUCAACCUCCCAAAUACCCAGAGAGUGCCGCCGGCACCAUCCGACCUGUGAGUGACAGACUGAAAUAACUACACAGACCAUGAGGUCCGUGCUGCUCCCCCGCCCCCAAAGCAGCAUCCUCGUGGGCAGGUGAAGCGGAGGGAGGAGGUGGAGAUCACGCUGGUGUGAAAGAGACCGGCUGCUUCCAGCCCGCUGGGACUAGUAGAUGCACUCCUAAAGGAAACCCAAGGAAGUUUUCCCCCUCUGAGGACGCCAGGAACCGGCCCCCGCCGGGUCAGUGUGCCGAGGAGGAAAAUCGUGCCUUUCUCUCCAACAUUCAUAUUCAGUUGUUUUGUUUCUCCCUCGUCAAACUCCAGAGUUUGGCUCCUCAUAGGAAUAUAAAUAGCACCACCCGCACAUCCAGCUGUUGUGUCCAGAUGUGAAUCACUUUAAUCUCAAAUAUAGGCCGACUUUCCACUGCUAAAAACUGAUCCACAAAUACCCAGAAGAACCGCUAACCUCACAUCAUUGACAUGAUCAUCUGGUAUCAGGUUGUUGUUUGUUUGUUUUCCCAACACAGUCGUGUGAAGCGCGAUGAGCUGAGCAUGAACUGAACAGCAGAAAACAACCUCCUCUGAUAUAAAAACAAGGAAAAAUCCAAACUAACAAAAAACAAUGACAUUUUGUGAUUACAGCCUUUUAAACUGUUAGUUGUUUCUGUGCAGUUGGAUCAGGAGACUCAGCUGAGACCUCCAGAAACCACGAAUGUUGCCUUAACUUCCAACACUUUCUCCAAUAUAUUCUAACCGCAAAAUAAUCAUCAACGCCUCUCGAGGCUCAGGAGCAGGAAAAGUUUGUUGUUUUCUGUUCAGCACCUUCAUCAGAAACCCAUGUGAGACCAGCGAUUCACGUCAAACUGAGGUUCAGAGACAUGUUAUUAGCUGUGUCACGGUGGCUGUGAUGGAUUAUUAAGACUGGGGGUGGGUAGUUUUCCCCAUCUAUCAGUUUUUUCUUUUCCUUUCAGUUUGUGACGAUUGCUCGUAAGGAUCAAUAUUGAUAUCAAUAAUCUAGAGAGGAUUUCCCCCCAGGUUCCUCAGCUCCGUCAUCCUGCAGUUUCGUCUCACCGUUUCGCUGCACGACAUUUUCUCAAACCGUCGCAGUUUCAGAUCACUUCUAUGCAACAGAGCUUCACCCGGCAGCAUGUUGUCGACACGUCGACGCGCCACUCCGACAUGAAACCAAAAGUCUGGUUGUCUCCACGAUCGAUCAAAACAACAGUACGGGCGAGGCUGGUCCUCGCCGCCGACUCACGUAGCUGCACGCAGUUACACAAACAAGGGAAAAGUGGCAAUUGUAGUUGUGAUGGUUUAUGUCUGUAGAGAUGAUCACAAUAAUGGCUCUUUUUAUCAUUAUUUGUUUUUAAACCCCUGUCGUCGUCCUAGUUUUCUCAGCAUUUCAAGUAAAUAAACAAUUUAAGGGAAAAACUGUGUGUACACACAUAUUCUAACUUUUUUUUUGUGAAUAUACAGAUUUAGAGAUGUUUGUAUGUCACUAAUGAUGCCAGUUUGAGUUUGUGGUGAGAGCGUUGCUUUGGUGACGGUUUACACUGAAGUCGUGUGCAGUUUAAAUGCGGUUUAUGUUUGAGGAGGAAACCACCCAGAGCUGCUAGCUGUCCAUUUUAAACCUAUACUGUCAUAGUGAAGCACUUUUUCUUGUGUUCUUACUCCCUUUCAGUAUUGUUGAAGUUUGUUUACCAGCUGUAUUGGUAUGAAAACCUUUCUUUUAUGAGCUCUUGUGUUAUUUAGCCUUAAAUAGCCAUCGUAGUGUCUUCGACAGAUUCCGAUCUGGUUUUGUUUUUGUUUUUUAAAAGCAUUGAUAGUUUACAGAGAGCUUGGAGAUGGAUACCUGUUUAAAAAAAUACUAAUAAUAGCAAAUGUUUUUUUCUUUGUUCUUUUUUAUUAGAAUUAGAAUUGAAAACAUAUUAAACCAUAGUUGGAUUUGAUCAGAGGAAAAGUGAUAUCUGUCAGCCAUGUUGCUGUGUUCUCGUUGAUCUCCUUGAGAUCUGAAUGACAUCAAACUUAUUUUUGAAGUUUGCAUAUACCCUUUUAUUAAUUAAAAAAAAGUCUUCAGACUGAAGCUUCUUUUCCGUUAGAAAAGUUGUUGUUAACCUGCUACUGGUCCUGAUCCAAAAUAAAAUAAAGUCCAAUUCUGAAAUUCAGCGACAAAGUGCCCGUUUUACGAACAGUUCUGCAGAAGCUGCAGAGCGUCAGAUUUACACACCAGUGGAUGUUUAACUGUAUUUAUUGUGUACAAAUAAAUGUGAAAUAAAGAUAGCUUAAAUGAAACAA